GCUGCAUCGAACUUKUUGACAACUGCCUUGUCGUCCWAGGGCCGCACGACGCUAGAUCUGGAGAGGAAACUCGCGCAAGCCAACCCGAAUACUCUUGAAGUUUUGAUGAGAGAGUUGCUGACAACGAGCACAAACAUUGCCAGAGAAAUCACCGGCCAAGUCAUUUUAGACUCCAAUGAGCUCGACACAUUGCCGAGCGACUUGCUCUCGCGUUGCUUGCCAAACGUGGAAACAAUCUCACUGGUCRGAAACAAGUUUACUGAAUUGCCUCCAUCGUUGCAAACCUCCUGCAGCAGAACGGUGAAGGAAUUGCGCCUCGGAAAGAAUCUGUUAACAAGCGAAGCAUUGACAGAGGCGGGAUGGUUUCGAGCGAAAGCAUCGGUUGCUWUGUCUGGAUCWUGGUCGCUGAAUUCUCUUACGCAUCUUGACCUGUCUUCUAAUCGACUUACUUCCUUUCCCAUCAAUACAACUUCCGAAGUUCUUUGUUUCCCGGCACUCAAGGUCUUGAAUCUGUUCAACAACCGCAUUCACAAUGUUGGAGACUGGAAAAGAUUGCCGGCCUCGUUGACCACACUUGAGCUCUCCGAAAACCACAUCGAAGACAUYGAGCCGCUCGCCAUCCUUUUGGCAGCUCAUUGCAGGGGAUUCCAGCGUCUGUCGCUUGAACACAACCGUGUAAAGCGCAUCCCCCCAAUCCUGGGGCUUCUGGCGAGCUAUUCGCCUUCUAUGCUUUCCCUAAACCUAAAGGGGAAUCCUCAGCGCGCCGUCCGGCUCGACGUUCUCGAUCGUCCCUGUUCAGACAUCUUGGAGUACCUGGCGAAUCGAAUGACGGUCGACCAACGCAAUGCUGCCAUCGACCUGAUUCAGGAGCGGCAGCGUCUAGAGAAAUUGGUUCCGGGAACAAAACCAAUGGAAGAACAUGCCGCCGUUGUCAAGGAUACUGACAUUGAUGAUAUACCUUCCGCUAUGCCCAGUCGUUCGGUCGGAGAGGAACCUCCAGCCUCUGUGGCUUGCGUCCAGCAGGAAGAUAAGCUACCGGAACGAACCACGAAACUCAACCACAAGAGUGCUGGCGUUGGCAGGGCAGAAUCAGAAUCAGAAGAGAAGAAGGAGGAGAACGACACCAACGUCCUGAAGGAACUCCAAGAAUCCGUGGAGAAAUACAAGGCCCAGCUCGAAAACUUGUCCCUGACCCAAGCCAAGAAGUAUGCCCUGAAGAAGUCGCUGGCCAUGGAACGAUCCAAGCUGAUUCGGGAGGAGCGCAGAUUGGGCCUACGGAAGUAGUAUGCCUCGAAAAGGGAACUCUGUAUACAGCUAAUUUGGACGGAUGAAUUGCUUUGAUCAGCACGAAUUCAAACUAGCAUUUUGUAAAUGUCCAAUAAGUCGUUGUUUCUUAUGUUGGACAAAGUUAUUUGCGACUCCAAUCGUCUCUUGUACCAUGGUUGUGAAAAAUCAUACUACUAUAUUAUUCUGCUAUACAUGCAAACACAACUUGAAACGUAGCUUCUUCCUUCUUCAUUCUAAAAUCGAUCCCUCGUCGUGCAUUUUCUUUGCUGUGAACCAUCGUCAAUCAAUGGAACCAUGGGGUAGGCAGGCAUCAGCAUUCCAUCACUGGAUUCCAACUCGGGUUGUUGUUCUU